AGUAGCCAGCACCUUGGAUGUAAGAACUGGAGACAAGCCAGCCACUCCCUUUCUUGCUGGGAACACUAAGUUCCCAAGAUCACAAAUGGGACUAACUGCCCCCUCCGCCCGCCACCACCAGCUCACAGCUUGGGAGGAAGGGUCUUUUGAUUGAAUGGAUCUUGAUCCUUACACACCUAGGCUGCACUGGGCUGGGGGCUCUAGUCAACCCUGGGGAGUGGGCAAAGUGUGUCUCCCACUUUCCAGGCUACCUUCAGAGGGAAUGCCACCAUCAUGGGUCUUCAUCUUGAUAACCUGGAGAGCAGUGGAGUGUCCUCGUUCUUCGUUCAUUUUCCAGCGAACAAUCCUGUGCUCAGAACAGGGGACGCCAAUGAGAACCAAGAAGACCAGCUUCUACCUGGCACCUCCUGCUUUUUUCACUAGCCCAAGACCUGUCACAUGGACUGAUUCCCUGUCACUGGCUUCCUGUGUGUUCCCUCUGCCUCUAAUUCUAUUAUUAACCUACAUAUUUGCUCUACCAAGAGCCAUUGACUUUAAAAUAAGGAACUGGACAGUGAUGGAUGCCAUUGCCUUUAUUUUCAUUAUUAUUUUGAAGGUUCUAUACAAUACAAGAAGACAAGAAAAUAAAGUCAUAUGUUGAAAAAAGAGUCAAAUAUGUCCUCAUUUUAAGAUGAUGGGUUUAUAUAUAAAAUUAAAGUAACAUCAUUCAAUAUUGUGAUACUUAAGAUAAUUUGGCAAGGUGGUUGGACAUAAGACAAAACUGACAGCUUUUUGUGCUACUCAUAAUUAAUGAUUCUGAU